AUUUACCCAAAGCGUGCUUUCAGACUCGGGAGAGGUGAAAGAAAUGAGCUUGUGCGCUACGGAACUGCACUUUCAAACACAAUUCUACACUUUUAUAUGGUCUUGCUUAUACGUUAUGGGUUUUAAACAUUUUUGAUCAACUUCGAGACAGCCUGGGGAAAAUGUCUUGGAUACACUUGCAUUUGGCUAAUCAGACAUUAUAUGAAUCUGUAAAUGGUACAGAAGUGAGAGCUGUUGCUGACAACGAUACCAUAGAUCCAAGAUGGGUUGAAGACUCCUUUCCAGGAUUAGAAAUACUGUGCACUAUUUAUAUUACCUAUGCUGUGAUCAUUUCAGUGGGUCUCCUUGGGAAUGCUAUACUCAUCAAAGUCUUCUUUAAGAUUAAAUCAAUGCAGACGGUUCCAAAUAUUUUCAUAACCAGCCUGGCUUUUGGAGACCUGUUACUUUUGUUAACCUGUGUGCCAGUUGAUGCAACACGCUACAUUGUGGAUACCUGGCUCUUUGGAAGAAUUGGCUGCAAGCUGUUGUCCUUUAUCCAGCUAACUUCAGUUGGAGUAUCAGUGUUCACUUUAACUGUUCUCAGUGCUGACAGAUACAGAGCCAUUGUGAAGCCCUUGGACCUGCAGACAUCAGAUGCUGUUAUGAAGACUUGCUGUAAAGCUGGCUGUGUCUGGAUUGUCUCCAUGAUGUUUGCUAUCCCAGAGGCUGUAUUUUCAGAUUUAUAUUCAUUCAGCAAUCCCGAGAAAAACGUAUCUUUUGAAGCAUGUGCCCCAUAUCCUGUAUCUGAGAAAAUACUGCAGGAAGCUCAUUCUCUGGUCUGCUUCUUGGUGUUCUAUAUUAUUCCACUCACUGUCAUUUCUGUCUAUUAUUUUCUUAUUGCCAGAACGUUAUACAAAAGCACAUUCAACAUGCCAGCUGAAGAACAUGGCCAUGCCCGUAAACAGAUUGAAUCCCGCAAGAGAGUUGCAAAAACUGUGCUGGUGCUGGUUGCUUUGUUUGCUUUCUGCUGGCUGCCUAACCACAUCCUCUACUUAUACCGCUCUUUCACUUACCACUCUUCUGUAGAUGCCUCUGCCUUUCAUCUCCUAGCUACUAUUUUCUCUCGGGCUUUGGCCUUCAGCAAUUCCUGUGUUAAUCCCUUUGCUCUUUACUGGCUAAGUAAAAGUUUCCGGCAACACUUUAAAAAGCAAGUUGUGUGUUGUAAGGCAAGACUUCCUACACGGCCUCCUAGCAUUACCCACAGUAACACGCCAACCAGAGCCCUAUCAGUCACAGGCAGUACACAUGGCUCAGAAAUCAGUGUCACUUUGCUAACAGAUUAUAGUAUCACAAAGGAAGAAGAAAGCGUUUAGUUUUUCUGCCAUGGAGAGGGGGCAGAAACCAUGCAUUUCCCACAAAGAUACCAGUGCAUCUGGAUCCAGCAAGGAGCUGCAGGUAAAGAAGCUGGUGUGUCCCUUGUACUCUCUGCGGGGAGAUCUUCAGCAGGAGUUUCUGAUACCUUCCAUUACACAUUCAAACCUGUGUGUACGGAACAGAGAACUGAGAACACAACCUGGGCUCAAUCAAGAGGACAGCACAUGUUUCUCGUGAGCAAUGUGCAUCUCUCCCUGAGGUUCCUCCAUUGAGCUGACAACACAACAUUCAGCUGAGUGGAAGGCAUAUUUUUGUAUUGGCUCUGAGUUUGCAGAGCUAGAGAGCUGUGAUUAUGGGCAUUCCUUUUUUGGAAAGUAUUUAUAUUGUCUUUCCUUAAAAAAAGAGAAAUAAGCAAGUUUUCAUAAAAUGGCAAACCAGGUUUUUUGCUAGCUGUUGCAUCAUUAAUGUCAAUGGAAAUACACCAGCAUAAAACUUCAGUGUUAUGGAGAAUCAGACUUUGGAGGCCUUCUCUUACUUUUCAGGUUUUGACACAGAAUAUUGUCUUCUUGGCCUCCUGGAUAUUCUUUUUGGCCACAGGAUAUUUCUUCUUGGCCUCCUGCAUAGUGGACAUUCCUGUGGGGAAGGGACCUGUUCAGGGCAUCCUUGAAUCUCACUGAUCCUCAGCUGCUAGUAAAUUCUUGAAUGUUGGAGUGACUGUAGAAUCAGCUUGACCGUGGCCAGCCCAAAAGUAGGUAAAUAUAAAGGUGGCCUAAAGUCAUGUUUGCUUUCCCUCUCCAGUCAUUCACUAAGAACAGUUUGGCUGGAGCAGGAAUUGGGUCUCACAUACCUUAAACAAUACCUAAAAUAAUGCUCCCUGCACCCCACAUCACACACACACACAGUUUUUCCCUUUCAUGUACAACGAAAUAAAAAAAAAAGGCCAUGGCUUGUUAGUCAUCUAAAUUUGGAGUUUAAACUCCAUAUUUUUGUGUCCUAGUUUAUUAACGCUUCUGGAAAAUGAAUGUGUCACAUGUUUCUGAUCCCUAGAGAUUUUUUUUGCUGUAGGCUAAAUUCUGUACUUCAAAAUCCUUGGGCAGUCCUCACAACAGUCUUUGAAAAUAGCAACUUCUAAGAUUCACUUUUUUUCUCAGUUUGCAUGUGGCUACUUUUGCUUUGUGUAUACAUUGCUGUAGAUAGUCUAACUUUUUGGAAUUGUAUGCUGCUAGAAAUGUGUUUCCACUACACAUUGCAUGUGUGACAUUUAAGGAUUGGCUAUAUUACUGACUUAACCUCUCUGUUGCCUAUAAUAUUUGUUGUAUUAAUUUUACCUAACUCAACCCUCAUGAUAUAUACUUCAGAGUGAUAUAUUAGUUAACAUCUACUUUUAUCAGUGCAAUCUGAUGUUAUCACUCCUUGUAUUGAUAUAACAUAACCACCCAGCAGUAACAAAUACAAUUUAUGCAGGCUACUUAGGGAAGAAAGGAUUAAGUCUUUCUUGGCAGCCUUGGAAAGCCCCAUUCAAGUUCAGGGAGUUGAAUGGGCAUGCUGGACAUGGUUUGGAAAAGGAUUGUGAGGUGACAGAUCAAGUGGAUUUGUAAUUAAAAUCCAUACCAUAUUGUAAAAGAAAUAAAAUAUGCAAAAUAUGUAGGGAUAAAAUUCAAAGUAGGGACUCAAUCCUGCAAAGCCUACCUUAAUCACAGAAUCAGAAAAUUAGAGAUGGAAGGGACCUUGGAUGGUCAUCUAGUCCAUCC